GGCCUGGCGCGGCGCGGCCCCGGCUCCCAUGGGGGUGCUGGAGGCGCUGGGCGCCGGCGCGGCGCGGCUCUUCUUCUACCCGUCGCUGCUCUACACCGUGGCGCGGGCGCGGCUGCCCGGGUCCCGCCGGCCCUGGUUCCACCGCAUCGACGAGGUCGUGGUGCUCGGGGCGCUGCCGCUGCGGGGGCGCAUCCGCAGGCUGUUGGCGGAGGAGAACGUGCGCGGCGUGAUCACCCUCACCGAGGACUACGAGACCCGGUUCCUCUGUUUUUCCCCCCAGGAAUGGGAGGCGAUGGGAGUGGAGCAACUCCGUCUCAGCACCGUGGAUCUAACUGGAGUCCCCACCUUGGAAAACCUGCAAAAGGGUGUUGAUUUCAUCCUGAAACACCGAGCCCAUGGUAACAGCGUCUAUGUGCACUGCAAAGCAGGGCGCUCCCGCAGUGCCACCAUGGUGGCAGCAUAUUUAAUUCAGCUGCAUCACUGGAGCCCUCAGGAAGCAAUAGAGGCCAUUGCCAAAAUUCGUCCCCACAUCCUUGUUCGAAACAAGCAAAUCCAGGUCCUGGAGAAAUUUCACCAGAACAUGACCACUGGGAGGACUGCAGUACUGCAGAAUGAAGAACUAUCAAAAUGACCAUCUCAGCUGCUAUAAAAAAACGGUUUUUACAAUCUAAUGAAAAAUGUUUCUUCUUGACUAUCAGUAAUGAASUUUUUACAUAAAUUACAGUAAAGAGGAAAUAGGGCUGUUUCAUUGAAGCUUUCUUUUGGAUAAUAUCCUAGAUCUCUUGGAGCCCCAUAGUUCUUUUCUACAUGAUUGGUGAGUAGAUCUGCAAUCCACAGAAAG